AUGUUCCCUUUGCCUUCCGCCAAUUCUGUUGCAAAGCCAACUGAUUCUUUCCUCAAUUUGUCUGCCAGUGCUGGAAAUGCCCCUCCUACUUCGGGCGCACUUUCCUUUGGAAUUGCUGCUCAAUCCCCCAAUCAGUUUGGAUUAGGUGCGCAAGCAUCACCCCAACAGGCUUCAAAUGCUAUGUCGUUUGCAUUCUCCACUAACGCUCAGUCAUUGUUAGCGACGGCGCCUGCUCCCAUCAAUUCGCCUGCGGCUGGUUUUGUUGCGACUUCCAACAAGCCUGUUGUUUCUCCCGCCCCUUUUACCGGAUUUGGCCUUUCUGCCUCUACCACUAGCUCGACUUCUCAAAGUCCUAUAUUCAAACCGGCCUUCGCUGGAGCCCCUGCGACUCCACAAAAUCUGUUUCCUACUCCCAGUUCUAAAGAUUUUAGUCUUACGACAGCCGCUUCUCCGUCCACUCCCUCUCUAAACUUCAGCUUUGCACCAAAGCUAUCUUCUGCAGUGGCUCCGCCGAUUGCCUCUUCUCCACAGUUCAGUUUCACUCUACCUGUUUCUACUGCCCCUACAUCUACGGCUCCUCUUACCAGCGAUUUAGGACAGUCCCGGGGCUUGCAGCCUAGCACUACUACGGCUGAUGAACAGCAUAAUUCUAAGUUAUUUUCGGCAUCGACGUCAGCUGCAGUUACAUCGUUCAGUAUACCUGCCAGCUCUGCCGCAGCUUCGCUUGCUGCUACUAUCGCAACUUCAACCACAUCUGAUUCUCCUAAGUCCACCUUCAGUUUUGGGCUGGGUACUUCUUUCUUCCAGCCUCCCAGCACAUCCGGUUCUUCAACUCCCUCGCUCUUAACUACGGUUGCCUCAUCGGUGUCCACUUCUGGUGGCCUUGUUCAGCAGCCUAAGUUGACAUAUCGGCAAUUGGAAGAGCUGGUUAAUCGUUGGACUCUGGAAUUGGACGAGCAAGAGAGGCAUUUUUUAAACGAAGUUACGCGACUUAAUCAAUGGGACCAAGUUUUAAUUUCUAACGCUGAAAAGAUCGCAGCAUUGCACGAUAAAGUUGAAGCAUCAAAGGCUGAGCAGACCCGAAUUGAGAAUGUAUGUCAGCACUUGUUUAGACUGUAA